AUGGAGAAAACCCUAACCCUAGACAUUGAACAAAAAGACGAACUAACAAUAGAACAAGAUCGCCAAGAACUGGAAAUUCAAAACCCUCCGGCUUCUGGAGUUGUUGGAAGCAGUUGUUCUGCCGUAGAUAUCGCUUGUUUCUGCUACCUUCAUGCAUCAAAUAAUACACAAUAUUCAAAUGUUGUCCCUUCAUAUAUAUAUAUACACACAUCAGUACCAUCCUUUGAUUGUAGGCCUCAGUUGAAAGAAAAGAUGGCAAAAGAUAGCAUUGUUUCUGAGAAAAUGAAGCUUCUUCUAGCAUUGCUUACUUUGCAGUUAUGUUUUGCAGGAUUUCACAUUGUCUCUAGGGUUGCUUUGAACAUUGGUGUUAGCAAACUUGUUUAUCCAGUUUAUAGGAACAUCAUUGCACUGCUUUUGUUGGGACCCUUUGCUUAUUUCUUAGAAAAGAAUGACAGACCACCUCUUACGUUUUCUUUACUGGUUCAAUUUUUCCUCCUAGCAUUAUUGGGUAUCACUGCAAACCAAGGAUUCUAUAUCUUGGGGUUGUACUAUGCAUCCCCGACUUUCGCGUCUGCUAUGCAAAACUCAGUCCCUGCAAUUACUUUUGUCAUGGCUUCUGCUCUAAGACUGGAGCAAGUUAAUACCGCAAGGAAAGAUGGAUGGGCAAAAGUUCUGGGAACAAUAGCUAGUGUAGGAGGUGCCACUGUCAUUACUGUAUAUAAAGGACCUCCUCUUCUACACAAUGGACAGCAACCACUGGGAGAUUCCUUAAAAGAGGACAUGUUUUUCUCUUCAAUGAAAAUCCAGAGCUGGACAUGGGGCUGUAUAUAUUUGCUUGGACACUGCUUGUCAUGGGCUGGUUGGAUGGUUUUUCAGGCACCUGUGUUGAAGAAGUACCCUGCUAAACUCUCACUCACCGCAUUUACAUGCUUCUUCGGAUUGAUCCAGUUCCUAGUCAUAGCAGCCUUCGUAGAAACCGAUUCAGCGCAUUGGAGAAUCCAGUCCGGAGAAGAGAUUUUUACAAUCUUAUAUGCAGGAAUUGUGUCCUCUGGGAUUGUCAUAUCCCUUCAAACUUGGUGUAUUCACAAGGUCGGUCCAGUUUUUGUUGCUAUAUUCCAACCUGUGCAGACAAUUCUAGUCGCUGUCAUGGCAUGGGUAGUUUUUGGUGAUCAGUUAUACUCAGGAGGGAUUAUUGGAGCAGUUCUUAUUAUGAUCGGUCUCUACUCGGUUUUAUGGGGUAAAACUGAAGAGACAAGAGCAGCAAACAAAGAUAAGGAAGAGACAUUGACAACGCAUCUUCUAGAUGCUGAAACCAAAGAUGCAGACAUUCCAUGACAUACCCUUGUGUUUACAGAUCAAGACAGUUAGUGAUGAGCCCAGAGACAAUGAAUCAUCUUUGAAGUAGAUAUGUUCAAGAUGUCAACAUGUAAAUCUAUGGGAUUUUUCUUUAUCCAUUUUAAAUAUCAAGCUAAGCUGCCUCUAGCCUACAAGUACAUUGAAGAGAAGCCCAUUUUAAUGAAAGUUUUAGAUGGUUAGAUCUGGUGUUGUCAGUUGGCAGGCUGGCAGUCAAACAAACUGGGAAUCAUUGAAAGUGAGGCUUCAUGAAUUGUACACUACUACUGAUUUAGUUAUUUACUUCAAUAAUAUAUCAAAUAGAAG